CUCGACUCCACCAACUACGAGAAAUUGCAGUAUUAUAUAGUUUUUUUUAGAUAAACAAAAAUAUGUGUGGCAAUAGAUUUGAAAAAGGAUUAUAUAAUAUAGGUAGAAUGAAGACAAUACAUGCUUGGGCCUUAAACUAUUUCAUGAUUUUUGUAAAUCAGUUUUUGUUACCAGUUUUAUUAAGAUUUCUUAAGAUUCUUUGUUGUUCCGUUGGUUCUUGUAAAGCAAUAUUCUAUUUAUGAAGAAAUGUAUGAACAAUUGGAUGUCACGGUUCGAGGUUAAUGGCAAAAUUAAAACAAAUAAGAAAUCCAUGAUCAAAUUUCAAAGCUGCCUGGCAUUAGCUGCUAUUUCAAGGUGAAUUGUGUUACACUUAAUGGUCCAGAGUUUGUCAGUGGUGAUAAUGGUUGGAACACAGGUGUUUCACAUUAACAUAGUAAAAGUAUCACCUCCUAUUGACACAUGAUGCAGUCCACCAUUUGUGGGACAUGAUGUAGAUCAAAAUACAGGAAAUUGAGAGCAUAUGACAUACCCUACAAAAACUUAGUUGUCUUAAUCUAUAUCUAUCACAUAGUGGUUUGUUGGCUGGGUAAUUUUGGGAACAUCCAUCUCCUCAGUGUCUGUCUGUUUGUACUAAAAAUAGAAUGUUAGUUUUAAAGUUCUGUUUAAUUUGAUAGCAUUUUGAAGCAGUGUUUUUAGGAUAGGUAUUAUGAGGGUUUUUAGGGAAUUCUUUUAGAAUUUUUAUGGGAAUAUGGCUGUAGGAAGUUAGAGUGAAGUGUUAUGCGUUCUUUGCUAAUUAACGAGUUGUUGCAUGAUCCAAACAAACACAGUGUUUUAAUUUGAGUAAUAUAUGCAAUAAUAUGUUUGUAGUGUGUGCCCAAGAUCUUUCCCCUGUUUUGGUCUCUGAUUUGUAUUGCCUGUGCUGUUAUAUUUUGUGUAAUUCAUAGGUAGUUUUGAUUGAUUGAUAGAUGCGUCAGAUGGUAUUCGAGCACCAUGGACGAGAGGGGGAUCCAAUAAAACUACAGAGCUAAAGGCAGAGGAGAAAUAUUGAAGAUGAGCUACUAAGAAGGUUGGUAGACCUUGAGGUUAGUUUGAGGCAUGAGGAAUCAGAACAACCUGAAGUUCUAGGGGCCCAAGUUGCAGCCAUAUAUCCCAUGGAAGACUCAUCGAAGCUGUGUCCAAACAAGGAGACAAUGUUAAAAUUAGUGUGACUAAUUUUAAAGUAAAAUCAAAUUUAGAAUGGUUUAUAGAUUGGAUAGAGGAUUUUGAAAGAUACUUUGAGAUGUAGGGGUUUAAGGAAUAUGAUCCGUGAAGGGUCAAAUUUGCAGCACCAAAAGUGAAGUCUCAUGCUGCUCGCAAGAAGUGAUCAUACAACAGCUAGAUACUUUAGGUUUCAACUCCAAGAUGAGCUGGCCCUCAUCUUGGUGGAACACCUUGGAUGGGGCACACCAAUAUGCAAAAGGCUAAGAGGAAAACUGAACAGGAAAGAUAAAAUGGUUUCAACUUUAGGUUUCAACUCCAAGAUGAGCUAGCCCUCCUCAAGAUGGAACACCUUGGAUGGGGCACACCAAUAUGCAAAAGGCUAAGAGGAAAACUGAACAGGAAAGAUAAAAUGGUGAAAAAAAGGAUGGUUGCAGUUUAAGUUCUCUAAACCCCAAGGUAGAGGUAGAAGGCAGAUUUUUUUUGGCUAGUGGAGGUUCUUGAAGUGCUACAAUUGUGGUGUUGCAAUUCUCAUAAGGCCCAAGGCUGACUCGAAAAUGCCAAAGCUAUAGCAAUGAUGACUCAUGAGGAACCACAAGCUGAAAAAUGGGAGAUGUUGAUAUUACAAAGAACAUUGAUGAUGGGAAACAAACAAGCUAGGGAAAAUGACUGGAAGAGAAAAAAUAUUUCUUGGAGCAGAUGCAAGUGUUAGGUCAAGGCAUGCAAAGUGAUUAUAAAUGAGAAAUCAACUGAUAAGUUGAUAAUUACAAAAACGGUCCAAAGCUUCUACAACCGAUAAGUUGGUAAGCACAAAUAUGGUCCAACAAGACAAGGAAGGAUCCAAAAAAGUUAAGGGUAGAUGGUCCACUCUACAAGGCAUAACUGAAUUAAGGAUAAGAUAUAUGACAAUAUGAGUGGAAAAUUGUUUUGAUCACACGAGAGGAGGGAUAUGGGCAGAUUUUUGCAUAUUUGCAGAGUUUGUCAAAUUGCAAAAAGAGAAAAAUGUACAGGUUUAUAUACACCUCUAUCAGUACCUGAAGGGCCAUGAAAUAAUAAUGCCAUGGAAUUGUAUUGGAGCUGCCAUGAACCCAAAGGGGAAAUGAUUUUGUAUUGCAGAAGAUUUUGUAAAACACAUUCAUAAGCUCGGCAACAAUCAAGCCAAACAAUGUUGAAGGAAAAUGAAGAUUACUUGGAAAUGACAGAUUUAUGUCGAAGGGAAAAUAUAUUAGUCAUGGUAUACCUGCAUAAGUGCAGAUAUCCACAGAACUCUUAUCACUAGCUUGAACUAAAGAAAACUGGCUCUUAUAGAAUCUUGAGGAGAAUCAAUGUAAAUGUCUAUUUGAUUGAUUUGCUAGAAGAAAUUGAUAUGAGCCUAGUGUUUAAUGUUGCAGAUUUGAAUCCAUAUAAGGCAGACAGAGAAUAAAUAGACUACCUAAUGAAUUGGCAGAAUUUUGGGCUAACCAGUUAGCAAGCACACAAUAAAAGAAGACUUAUAUCAAUCUAUACAUGGUCCAAGUGGUUUGUUGAUUGGUUGAUUUGGGGAAUAUGCAUAUCCCCGAUGUCUUGUCUUCUGUAAAAGUAGAAUAAGUUGAUGGAAUUUUGAAGAAGCUGUUUUUAGAAUAAGUACUAAGAAUGGUUUUCAAGGGUUUUUUUGGUAGAAUUUUCGUAGGAAUAUAGCUUUAGGGAGUCAGUGUGAAGAGCUGUAACUGCUUUGCCCAUCAAUUAGUUGCUUCAUGAUCUAAACUUUAAAUGAAUACAUUAUCAUAAUCUGAGUAAUAUAUAUGAUAAUAUAGUUGUUGCAUGUAUGCCAAAGUUGUACUUUCCGCCGUUUCAUUCUCUGAUUACUUCUAACUGUCGUUAGUUUUUGUGAUUUUUUGUGAAAAUUUAAGGUUAUUUUGCUUGCUUGAUAGUGGGAUCUGCAUCAACACACAAUCUAGAUAAAUAUAUUAUGGACUUGUAUAUCCAUUAGUGCCGGAAGUGCAUAUGAAAAGGUGGUACUGAUUGUCGUCUGAGGCUUCAUGAGAUAAGCCUUCUGGAUGGUAUUUCCAAAGUAGUUUCUCUCAUGCAAUGACCAUUAUCAAAGUAGGGGCCUCAUAUAGGCUCAGAGACAUGUAGACAAUAACAAUGGUUUGGAGCAAACACUCACCUGAACAUGCCAUUGAUUACAUAUUAUCUUGUUACAUAGAAAAUUCUACAUGCCUCUGACCAUAAUUAAAGACUAUCUACCUUAUCCUAAUGAUUUCAUACAACCACGUUAGGAUGAGCUCUACCCUUGAAGAUCCUUUCCAAUGUGCUAGAAUGAGUGUCGAUAGUUUGAAACCUGAAACCCAUCUCAUCCUCAUCCCCUAAAAGUUAAAACAUUACCAGUUAAGGCUUUGGCCCCUCCUAUAACUCCAACUAUUUCCUUCAUUCUGAUAGGAAUUACAUGCAGAAAAUAUCAAUUAUAUGCAGAUAAAUAUAAAACACAGAAAUAAUAACAGCGAAGAGACAAUAUUUAGCGUGGUUCACCCAAUCUCGGGCUACAUCCACCAAACAGAGAGUCCAAUAUUAUUAUCUAGUAAAUCAAAACCAAUUACAACCAGCAAUCCCCUUUGCAACUCAAUACUGCUGCAGAAUGCUACAAAAUUCUCUACAAUAAAACCCCUAACCCUUAGCCUUUUAUCAAGACUUGUGUCGGUUACAAAAUUAGGGUUACAACAUGUCAACCAAUAGAAAAAUAACACCUGACGCCUUUAUAAAAUAAUAAAAGUAUUUUUGGCCUCGCAGGGCGCUGCCCCUUGACCCCAACUUGGGGGCGCUGCCCCCAAACCCCUGUCAAAAAAUAUAGGGGGAAACCGCGCCGAUAGAAGUAGGGAAAAUUUAACCUCAGAGUCUGAUUAGGCUCCAUAUAACAACACAUUCCUCCUGUUGAUGUAACCUUAAUUUUGUGUGAUGUCUGUAAGACUAGUGGUUCUACUUCCUUCCAUUCAUUAUCUUCUUCACUUUCCUGUAAAGAAUGCCUGUUUUCACUCUCCAAGUCAUCACAACAUGUCAUUUCAUUGUUGUCUUUGAUGUGGAUGCUGACUAUUGUGUUUUUUUUUUCUAUGUUUUGUAUGGUUCUGCUUUUCUCUUCUUGGCUUCUCAGGCUUUUUCAAAUUUUACGAGUCAAAUUUUUAACAAAUCUUUGAAUAAUUGAGGAAGAAGAUAAUUUAUCCUCUGAGUAAAUCAUUUCACUCAACAACCUGUUAUAUACAUAGUCAUAUCUAAGCCCAUUACAUUUCUGUACUAGCCACAUUUUAAGAUUUCUUCGUCUUUUUCAAAAUGUAUGCAACCCAUUUAGACCAUAUUCUAUCCAUCACAUCCUCAGAUUAUGGGAAACUCCUUAUUGGAAUGACUGUAUUUCUGCUUCCCUGCCAGUCUAUAACAUGGAAAGCUUGUCACCAACGUACAUUUCAUUGAUUUCAAGUUGUAAGUUGAUGUCACAAUCCUAAUCAUCAUGCAUAAUUCUUAAAUUAGUGCAAUAUUAACUUCAGAUUGCACCAUAUUUAGGCUUAUAAACCUUAAAGCCUCUAUCUAGAAAUAGGAAUUUAAAAAAAAAAUAUAUUAUACUUUAGAAGCAUCACCCUUUCCUCUAGAAAACAGUUGGUUUGUCUCCAUGUCAUAUGUUAGGGCCUGAUGUAAGAUGUCCACCUGCUUGUGCAAGGCUGUUAGUGUAUGCAUUGUCACAAAAGCUUAGCCAAGUGAUCACUUAGCUUAUUUGACUUAACAAAAUCAUAGUUUGCAAACUUGUAAGUUUAAAUUUGCAGGCUUGGUAAGUGGCAAGUCAGGUCCUACCAUAAAGCUUGUGAGGUUCACCUAUAACUUGGGAGUUUUUCACAAUUUCUCUCUAUGGACUUGGUCAAUGAAAUCCAUACCCUUGAUGAAAUCUUAUUUUUUUGUGCUUUUGUCAUUUUUGUCUUCAGCAAUUAGCAUUUCAGCAGCAUGAACUGAUCACUAAGUGAUUGAAAGAGUUAUAAAUGGUUUGUUGUAAGUGAUAAAAUAAUGAAAAAUGCCAUGCAUCAUGAAAUCCGUUAUGGCCUUGAAGGCCUUAAUCUACAUCUCAACUGCACGUUGUAUCCCGAUGGGGAAUGCACCUGGGAUACUGCCCUUGGCCCCUAUAAGAGACAUUCUCCUCAACCCCAUUGGGUACCUCAAGACCCUUACACUAGUUUUAAAAAGAAAAACAUAAUGAUUGUUUUGGGCUGCGUUGGAUGGAAAAGCAGAGUUUUUUCCUCUUUAUUUGGCUUGAAAUUACAUUUCUCAUUAUGUUCAACUGGCACGAUACGAAGAGACUUUGUAGGGGUUAGUUGGUAGCUGCCAAUGGUUUGUAUCUCAGCCGCCAACUUCCGGGGGGUAUAUAUAUAUCAUAUUGUAUUGGGAACGAGAGGACUUUUGUAUCCAUUACAUGCUGGAAAUAAAGAUAUAUCAUUUUGUCAUAUGUUGUUAUAAGUUCUAUAUGUUGUGUUGUUCAUGUGCUGUACAUUUCUUGUUUACUUCCAGUUCUUGUUUAUUUUUGGUAGUUAAACAACAUACCCCAUAGGGAGUUAACAUUUUGGCUCCGUUGCCGAUACAAACUCAAAGAUCAAUAUGGUGGCAAGCAAUAGGCAUGCAUAAUGGGUCAACCAUUCCAACAACAAUUACUGGUAACUAUAAGCGACACCCAAGAAGUGACACAGGUGGAAGUACGGGAGGAUCAAUUGACGGAACACUUGUUAGAUGUGUGGGAGGUUUUGGUCAUUCAGUAUGUGUAGAGGGAAGCUCGGGAGAGAGCAAUCCCUAAAGGCACAGUUCGUGGUGAACUCACGGUGAACACUGCCAUCUUCGAUCUUCUCGGAAGUCUUCCAAGGUUGUUAGCACGAAAUUUGAUUGAACUGUAAGACCGACGAGAGGAAAGCAACCGUGAACGACGUUGGCAACAGAUAAUGCAAAGAUACGAAGAGAGGACCCAUAGGGAGGAAGAGGAGUGGGAUAUGAGUAGACGUUGUACCCCUGGCAAUUAAUGCCCCUAUGCCCAAACAAAGAUUGACGCACCAAAAACACUCGGGAAGAGGGAGAAACAUUAGUACAGAGAUCUCUCUACCUAGGAGAACAAAGUGAAAGGAGACGACGAUUAAGAGGAAUCUUUGAAGGUUCAAAGAGUCCAGUGAGAAGUAGGAGUGCAAGUAGAAGUCGUAGUCGAGAGAAGCAAAGACCAUGUACGUGGAAUGAGUUGGUAGAGGUUGUGAGAAACCUACCACUUCCAGACAUAGCGAAAGAAGAUCUUGCUAACUAGGCCCCACACCCUAUUUCCAGUGACGAUUCCAAAACUGAAUCUGAGAGCAGUUUGUCUAUACACUCCGUAUGUGACGAAGAGGAACCUCGAAGCCAAGGUUGCCGAAAUCUUUGAAACCAACCGUACUGAAUUGGAAAUCUGUCCUUGGUGGAGCAAUUAAGAAUAGUAGGGACUAAGUCGAGGACUCUGGGAAGAAGAGACUAUAGAAACAAAGGUGACCAAGGUGCAGAAGACACAAAAGGUGGACGUGUAGAGAGCUUGUAUGUGGUCGAGAGUGCAAGAGAAGCACCAGAACGGGGAGAGUAGGAUGGGGUCCAAUCUGGUCGAAUGCACACGAUACCUUCCAAGCGACACACAGUACCACAACCAGAACAACCCUGAGGAGCAAAAACUUCCAAAGUUCAUAGGAGAUGGAUUGGAGGACCUUGUACGACAUUGUAAAACAUGUAUAACAACAUGGGAGGCGAAUGGCCAAGAUGGCUAGGAUUAUUGGUCGAAGGCAUUCCUCGACACGCUUCAGGGAAUUGCUAUUGACUGGUACACGGAUCUAGAUGCCAAGGAGAAGGCCAGGUGGAGUGUUUUAAAGAAGGCAUUUGAGAAGGAAUUCAAACUCCUGAAGGAUGACAACGAGAUUGUGGCUGAAAUCUAUAAUACCAAACAAGGAAAAAGUGAGAGUGUACACGCUUACAAUCAUAGGCUGAAAGAAUUGUUGAACAAGAUGGAAGAAAUAAUAUAGUUGAGGGAAAAAUUAAAUAAAAUAAAAUGCAAAACAUUUUAUAAAAAAUUGAUGCAUUAUGUACUCCUAACCUUAAUCCUGAAAACAAGAGUUGGUUAUAAAACUCCCCAAGUCAAUCAUUUUGUCAUUUCAAGAUGGUCAACAAGAGAGUUUGGAGAGUGCACGAUGGAGCAAGGAAGGCUAGAAAUCGUACAUGGGAACCAAAAGACCAUACGGUGGUAGUUAUCUAAGCAGGAAAGGGCCACGUGAGGAAGGGGUAAGUCCGUAUAGUGGAAGAAAAGGGCGUACGAUGGAGAGGGAUCCCCGUACUAGAGAAUUAGGUUGUAUGGUGGAAGGCAAGGCUUGUAGGAAGCAGAACAUGACAAAAUCAACCCGUAUGAAGUAGUAAGUAGAUGACCAUACAAAAGAAGAUCGUAUGGUGUAAAAAUUUUGUGCCGCCUUUACAUGAAGAUUUUGUACGACAAAAGAAAGUCGCACGAUAGGCUAGAGGAGAGAUCGUACAAUGAGAGCCAAUUCCGUAAGAGAACACCAGACAGGGGCGACCGCAUUGUAUGCCGUAUGACAACUGUAUGGUAAAGGAACAAGUCCGUGCCAGGUGCAACCACACCCAUAUGGUGAGGAAAUAAUAUCGUACACCGACAUUGGGGAACAAGUUAUACUAUACGGCUAGGUUACCGAGUUCGCCCCCUGGGACGCCCUGGUACGGGUCCGGGUUCGACCGGGUCUGUGGUACGGGUCCGGUUUGACCUGGGUUCGAAAAACCCAGUCGAACCCGGACGGACCCAGUCGAACCCGGGCGGCUAGGCGGCCCAUAAAGUCAAAAAACAAAGCAAUUUUUUUUUUUUUUUCAAUUCUGCCUUGUAAAAAAUGAAAGUUAUAACCUAAAAACUACUUCUAAAACAUUUUAUUGACUCAUUUCACCUCAUUUGUGUUGCAAACAAAAUUUUUAUGAGAGCAGGUUGAAGAAAGGGUGAACAAAAUUUGGCUUCCAAGAUAAAAGAGGAGUUGAAGACUGAUUUUAGAAGCUUCAACAAGUGUUGUAGCAUCAUUUCCAUACAUUUUCAAGCUUCCAUUGGCUGCAAGAGGUAGGUUUUUAAACAUUUUUUUCCAACUAUUUUUGUUUCACAAAUUGUCAAACAUGAAACUUGAAUUUUUUUUCGUUAUUUAGUUUUUGUUUUUGAAUAUGUUUAUUUUAUUUCUUGCCAUAGGAACUAGAAUGGCAUCUACAUCUUCCUCCAUUGGCAAUGAACAAAUAAUUGCAAAACAAAGAAAUGAUCCAAAUUCUCCCUUAUGGAAAUAUGUGGACAUUAUAAAACAACUUUCGGGAGGUGGGGGAUUCCGUUGGAAAUGCCAUGGAUGUGAUAUUGAACGUAAUAGUUCAUAUUAUCGGGUGGUAGGCCAUUUGUGUGGAAUAAAAGGAAGAGGCAUAAAAAAAUGCCCUGGAAAAAAUGGUAAACCUAUACCAGAUGAGACAGUGAUGAAAUAUAUUAGGGAGCAUGAGGCGGCAGAAGAGAGGGAAGCCCGUAGAUUGAACCAAACCGCAUCAAAGAAAACAAAGGGAAUGCAGGGCCCUUCUAAUCCAAGCAUUGUAGUAGAAGACCACCCCUUCUUUGCCACAAAUGAACCUCAAAGUGAACCACCCUUGACACGUAAAAGAACAAAGGGGCCUUUAGAAACCGCAUUCCAAAAUGAGAGUAGAGACAAUGCUGACCAAGAUAUAGUAAGGUGCAUUUAUGCAAAUGGGUUGUCAUUCAAUGUUGUUCGCUCCCCAUAUUGGAAGCAAAUGAUAAAAAGUGUUAAUGAGGCACCAAGAGGGUAUAAGGGCCCCAGUUAUGAGAAGGUACAUGGAACAUUAUUGGAGAAAGAGGUGAAGAGGGUUGAAGAUGCAUUGAAACCCAUAAGGGAUUCAUGGGUUGAGACAGGUGUAACAAUUGUUUCAGAUGGGUGGAAAGAUGCUAAAAACCGUCCCUUGAUCAAUGUCAUAGCGGUGUCCCCUAAAGGGGCAAUGUUUUUGAGAGCUGUGGAUUGUGAGGGCCAAAUAAAAGAUGGCCAAUUUAUUGCAGAAAUUCUCAUCUCUGCCAUUGAGUCUGUGGGAUCCCGCAAUGUUGUCCAAGUCAUAAUGGACAAUGCAAAAAAUUGUAGAGCUGCUGGUUUGUUGGUUGAGCAACGCUAUGAUCACAUCUUUUGGACACCUUGUGCGGUACAUUCACUCAAUCUUAUGAUACGAAGGAUUGGGCAAAAAAUAAAAUGGAUCAGAGAUGUGUAUGCAGAGGCUGAGGACAUCCAAAUGUUCAUCACAAACCACCACAUGUCUCAAGGGAUUUUUAGAACCUAUUCGAAUUUGGAGCUAUUGAAGGUAAGUGAAAUAGUAAUUUAAUUUUGUAUUUUCUGAUUUUUUUGAAUUUUCAAUGUUAAUAAUAUCAUUGUGUAAGCUAUAUUGUGUAUUCUUCUUUAAAGUUUGGCUUUAUUUUUUAAUCAUUUGGCAUUAAUUUGUGUUAUAGGUUGCUGAGAGCCGUUUUGCAUCAAACACAAUCGUCUUAAGACGACUUGUGAAAGUUAGAGUGGCACUAUGCAAUAUGGUGAUCAACACCAAUUGGACUGUAUGGAAGCAAAGUAGCACUGAGAGGGCAGAAAAAAUUAGGGAUAGAAUAUUGAAUGAGAAAUGGUGGGAUCUUGUUACAUAUCUCCUAAGUAUCACUGAGCCCAUCAUGAGCAUGAUUUGCUAUACAGACAUGGAUAGGCCUUGCAUAGGUGAGAUUUAUGAUGGCAUUGAUUCAAUGCUUGAAAAAAUAAAGGUCACUAUAAAUGAAAAAGAGAAUGAUCCUCAGGAGAAAUUCUUCAAAGAACUGGAAGUAAUUAUUGUAGAGAGGUGGAUUAAGAUGACCACUCCUUUGCACAUUCUUGCCUAUGCCUUGACACCUAAGUACUAUAGCAAUCAGUUUCUUGAUAAACCAGGAAGGAUUCCACCAUGGAGAGAUCUAGAAGUAUCUGAUGGGUACAAGGCAGCAUUUCUUAGACUAUAUCCCGAUGAUGAUUUGCGAGAUGUUGUUACAAAUGAGUUCAUAGAAUUCGCAAAUGGGAAUGGUCUAAGUGUUGAUGCACUUCGUCAUAGAUCUAAGAAAGAUGCUCAUAGCUAGUGGUACUUCCAUGGCACAUGCUUCCAACACCUACAACCCCUCGCUAUAAAAGUUUUAUCACAAGUUGCUAGUUCAUCUGCCUCAGAAAGAAAUUGGAGCACAUACUCUUUCAUCCACUCAGUAUUGAGCAAUAGGCUGCUAUCAAAAAGAGCGGAGAAUUUAGUAUAUGUGCAUUCCAACCUACGUCUUCUUUCACACAAACAACAUGACUACACACGAGGGGAAACAAAGAUGUGGGAUAUAGAGCCAGAGCAUACUGAUUUGGAUACUCCUGCUUCUCAGCUUCUUGCAUUGACACUUGAUGACUCGGAAAUUGAGCCAACUUAUAGUGCAAGUGCAAGUGGCAUUGGCUCAUCUAAUGUCAAUGUCAAUGAGGAGGAGGAGGAGGAGGAUGAAUUAGAUGAUCCAUUUGAUGAUUAAACUUUAAGUUUAUAUUGUUGAAAGUUGAAACAAUGAUACUUGAAUAUUUUGUCAUUUUGAUAUUAAACUUCAUGUAUAUGAUGCUAUUAUCAAUUAUGGUAUGAUCAUGAUGCUAUGAUUACAAGUUUAUGUUUGUUUUGUUGUUUAUAUGAUGCUAUGUGACAUGCAUAUUUUAAUUCAUGCUUAUAGGCUUCACAAAUAUCAAAAUAUAUAUAUAUAUAUAAAAAAUUUACAUGUUUUUGUACUAACGAACCCAAACCCCUUUUCAAAAUUUUGCCGUACCGGC